GGAAGGAGGCGUGGCUCUCGGCGUCCCGCCUUCUGGGCUCCCCGGGGCGGCCGGCCAUGGCGGGAUGGGGGGCGCCGCUGCUGCUGGUGGGGCCGCCUGGCUCCGGCCGCUCCGCCCUGCUCUUCCGCGCCGCCCGCGCCGCGCCCCCCGGCCGCGUCCUCUUCCUGGCCCCGCGGCCCCUCCAUCGCCUGCCCCACCCCGCCCCCGACGCAGUCCUCCUCCAGAGAAUUCAGUUCUUGUACCCGGCAUCCCUCGGGGAGCUGCUUCAGCUGCUGGCCUCCCUGCACGAAGUGUGGCCCGGCAGGCCUUCUCUGAUGGUGCUGGAUAGCUUGGAGGAAUACCUGGCCGGCUGCCCUGGCCCUCACCUAGCCGCCCAGCUCGCCGCCUUGCUGCUGGACACAGCUCACCAUUUCAGCCAGCAGUGCGGCGGGGAACCUGGGGGCUGCCAGCUCAUAGUUUCCGUGAGGUUCCUGGGGGAAGGUGGAGACGGAGCCGAGCAGUUGUCAGUCGUCCGGCGCUACUUCCCGGCCCAGUGCUGGCUGCGGCUGGAGACACCGGAGAGCAGGGGUUCUGACGGCCAGGGAGGCACCAGGCUGGUCAGAGCCUGUCUCUCCCAGCCAGGGACCCAAGAUCAGGAAUGGCGGCUGACAUUUGAGCCACAGGAGGAGAUGAAGUUUUCUCCCCUUCCAAGGGACAGGGACUCGGCUACAGGGAGCCAUGGAUCACCUGCCACGGACGCUGCCGGCAUGGUGCCCGACUCCCUGUUCUGGACCUCGGGGGGGCCUUAGCCUGGACUGCUGCCACGUUUCUCUUCACCAUUCCUGCCUACCUCUGAACAGCUGUUACCUGCAAAUCUUCCCUGAAUGGACAGGGAAGCGCUGCAUGAGUGUUCCAUAUUCUAACCGUUUUUCCCCCCUCCUAGCUUUGGGUGGACUUUCAUUUUUGGUCGGGCUUGUUGGCUGCGUUCGUGAAGAAGUAGCAACUUCUGGUUUGAGGAUGUGCCAUCUUCCGGCUUCUCGGAAGCAUCGCUGACCCUACAGAUUGGAAAGCAGAGAUUGCUGGGUUGCUGGAGCCGGAAAACGUCUCGAAUGGCCGUUCCUUCGGGGCCUGUUCUGCCAAAAACAAGAUGUCAGAAGAAUAAAGCCCGCAACUUGCGGUUUUAACUCCAAAA